GUCGUGUCGCGUGUGUCUGUUCUUCACAAAAACAUCAGUUGACCUUCUAAACUUGCAGCUACUUGCAUACAUAAACUGGCACCAUGACCCAAACAGAGUUGGACUGUGAUGUUAAAGGGAACGCCAUUGAUGAGGAACAGAAUGUUGGGGCAGUUGACACAGACUCAUUUCUGCCAGUUCCAGAAACUGAACUCAAAGGUGUAAAAGACCUGCCAUCCACUGUGCCAGAUGAUGAAGAGGCAGUUGACUACAAAAAAUUAGAUCUCUGUCAUCGACUCCGAGUUGAUCAUCUCUUCAGGAGACGAUUUAUCCAUUCAUUUUGGCUGUUCUGGUCAUGUUUUGGACUGGGCUGGAUGGUUGGACUGUAUGGUCCGUCCUUUGCUGAUUUGCGCCAGAUUGUCAACCAGGACCUUGAAGCUGGUUCCUGGCUUUUCACCACUGCUGGUAUUGGCUACCUGGUUGGCUCCUUGCUUGGAGGGAUCCUAUUUGACCGCUUCAACAAGCUGCUGAUCAUAGGGGUUUCCUGCGUCACAAUGGCGGUGUUCACUGGGUUCCAGCCGUGGUGUAGAUCAUACCCACUCAUGCUUGCACUACGAUUCCUGUCAGGCCUCGGAGGAGGGGGCCUUGAUACUGGUGCCAAUGCUGACAUGGUCUCUAUUUGGGAUGAGGAAGGUCGGCCUUACAUGCAGGCGAUGCACGCAUCGUUUGGGGCUGGUGGUAUCGUCGCACCACUUGUGAUAGAGCCAUUUCUCUCGGAAAAGAUACUGGAAAAUGUCACCAAUGGCAAUACUUCAGAGCUAGUGACAGUGUAUGGAGAGACCAACAUCCACUCUGCCUUUCUGAUAAGCCUUGCUGUUAUCCUCACUGGCGCUCUACCAUUCUUCUAUAUGUACUUCCGAAUCUGCUGCUGCGGCAUCAGUCACAAGAUGGCGGCCAAGAAAAUUGACCAUAAACGUCCUGCGAAAUUACCGGUGGGAUUAAAGAUUGCAUUGUGCAUUCUUUUGUGUGCAUGUAUGAUGUCUUAUUGUGCUGUUGAGGACACAUUUGCAGGUUUUCUAGCCACCUUUUGUGUAGACUAUUUACAGUGGGAUAAAAGUACAAGCAGCUAUGCUACCAGCCUUUACUGGGGCGCUUUUACUGUAGGUAGAUUUACAGGAAUUAUUUUGAUUAGGUUUUUAAGACCAGUACAAUUACUUUGUGGGUAUUUGAUAUGCCUGAUUCUGGCAUUCAUCGGCUUGUUCAUAGCAUCUAUAACCAUGACUGAACCAGCUGUCUGGGUGUUUAUACCGGCACCUGGAUUUUUUAUGUCUGUUAUUUUCCCAUGUAUAUUUACUUGGACCGAAGAAAGUAUUCUCGAAGUGACAGGAAAGAUAUCCUCAAUGUUUCUCAUAUCAGCCUCCACAGGGACGCUCUUGAACCCGCUAUUCGUCGGAUAUUUAAUGAAAAACAUUGCGCCUAUAUCUUUCCUUUACGUUUUAUUGGUAGAAAGUUUCCUUUGUUUUUCACUGUUUAUAGUAAUUUAUUGUCUACUCAAAGUUUACAUUAAGACAGGCUCAAGAUCUCAGACCUUCGAGAUAGUUAUUCCUCCUCCAGAGGAAAUGACAACACUCAGGGUUCAAGAAAAUUCAUAACAAAAAUAUUCCUUUUUUUGUGUCCUGCGAAGGAAAUGACAACACUUACUGUUCAAGAAAAUCCAUAACAAAACUAUUCCCUUUUUUGUGACCUUGAAAGGUUUUUAUAUGAUUUACUAUUAUGUAAAUGACUGCAUAUACAGGUAUAUGGGUGAUACAUUUGUUCAGGUUUUGAUACACAAUGCUAUUCUGUAUUUUUAGAUGACAUAAAACAUAUCUUUGUGAAAAGUACACAAUUGAAUUAUGAUUGAAAUUGUGGUAUAAUGCAGAGGCAUAUCGUUACCUAAUGUCUCGGUAAUAGGGAUUCAGCUGCAGAUUACUAUGAGUUCAUUGCACACUGCUCUUAUGGGCGAUCAAUCGCACUCUUCUGACUUCUUUGGAUUGAAUGUUUGAUGUAAUGAAAUAGUUUCUGAGUUUUAUAAGCAGAAGGAUUUUUUGUGGUGUAAAUAAAUUAUUUAACAUGAUGCAAAAUAUGGUGCUUAAUAUUCAUCAGUGUUUUUUUCAACAUUUUUUUUUCUUUAUUCACAACCCAAAAAGUAUAUUUUUGUACUAAUUUAUCCAAAAAGAGAACAACACUUAUUAAAUAACAACAAGUCAAGUAGUACAAACAUGUUAAGAUGAGCAGUUUUAUUCUCUUUAAUUUUGCUCUAAUUCUUUGUUUGAUAUACAAUAAAUGGUAAAUAAACAUAUCUAAGCAUUUCAUUGCUUGGGCCCUUGGCCCAAUUCACACAAAAUGAAAAAUCAAUGUGUAUGUCUUUGAAAGAAAGUUUCAAUUUCACCAUUUAUUGGGUUUUGUUAACUAUAUUUGUAUUGAACACUUUGUUUAAGGUUACACAGAAUCUUAUUUACCACCUUUGUGAUUUGAUUGGAACAUGUAGGGUAAUUAUUAUUUUUAUCACAUGAAUAGCUAUACUAAAGAUUUGAAGAACAUUCUCAUUAGACCGUUGGCUACAGUACACCCUUCACCAAGAAAUUAUGCUAUGACAGUCACUGGUUAAGAUAAUACAUUGUUUAAGUGUUAGACAGCACUAAUUCGUCACAUAAUGUCAUUUAUCAAAUUCA